AAUAAACCUAAAUUCUCUGUCUUUAUAUGUGAAUUCCACAAUUAAUUAUGCUUUAACAUUUUUUUUAUCUUGUAUUCUUCAUUAUAAUCAGCUACUUCAAAGUCUUAACCACUUCUUGAAGUGUUUCACUGUGGAGAUUUAUAUAAACUGCAGACCCUUUUUGUUUAGUAAACAGUCACAGAGCAAAAAUGGAAGAAGCAAAGCAUAAUGAAGCUGAGGAAGCACAAGGGAUUGAAGCUAGGGAAGCAAAACAGAUUGAAGCUGGGGAAACUUCAAGAUCAUCUAGGAAAUUGAUUACUUUUGAGCCAAAGUUGGUUAUAAACAAAGGAAUAUCGGUUCUUGGAUUCGUUCUGCGGUUAUUUGCUGUUUUUGGAACUAUAGGAAGCGCGCUUGCCAUGGGAACAACACAUGAAUCUGUUGUCUCUUUGAGUCAGCUCGUACUUCUGAAAGUUAAAUACAGCGACUUACCAACGCUCAUGUUUUUCGUGGUUGCAAACGCCAUUUCUGGUGGAUAUUUGGUUCUUUCUCUACCUGUGAGUAUCUUUCAUAUCUUCAGUACUCAAGCUAAAACCUCGAGAAUCAUCUUGCUCGUUGUCGACACGGUGAUGCUGGCUUUGGUUAGCUCUGGAGCAUCUGCAGCAACAGCCACCGUGUAUUUAGCUCACGAGGGGAACACAACUGCUAAUUGGCCACCGAUCUGCCAGCAAUUUGACGGAUUCUGUGAACGCAUCUCGGGAUCUCUCAUCGGUUCUUUCUGCGCAGUGAUCUUACUCAUGCUUAUUGUUAUCAAUUCCGCUAUCUCCCUCUCUCGCCACUAAGAUAUCUAUGCACAUAUAUAUAUCGAUCUGAUUUUGCAGAGAAAUCACGCAAACGAAAUGUUUCUUGAAUAUACAUUAUUAAGUCUUUUAAUUUUAUAUCUAAUGUAACGAGUCCAGAGAUUUCAUGUGAAGAAUGAAGAAAGACAUAUAUACAAUACAACUGAAUUAAGCAAGAAACUCCACAACAUUGUCUAUCGAUUUCAAUGUCUUCUCGUAGUAAAGAUAGGACUCGUACA